AUGGCUUACCAGCAGCAAGACCCCCCUCUUAGGGCCUUCAUAGGCGACAGCCCAGCACUUAGUAAGGUCUCUUCUCUUUCUUCUCUGCAUUUCCCUCUUCCUUCUUUAAACACAAACAUCGACAGACGCACUCAGGAGCUCGACACGAGAGACAGAGGCCCGCCCUACAUUAGCAGCAGCAGCAGCAGCAGCAGCAGCAGCAGCAGCAGCAGCAGCAGCAGCAGCAACAACAACAACGGCGGCUACCAGUACCCUCCAGAUGGGCAAGAUCAUGUAGAAACGCAACAGCAAGGACGUCGCAGCAGCAGCUGCUGCGGCGGCAGUAACUGCAGCAACAGCUGCUGCUGCAGCAGCAACUCCAGCAGCAGCAACUGCAGCAGCAGCCCUCGCUUCUCCCGGGCUGGGGGAGCGCAGCUGCUGCAUCAUGCCGAUGCCUUUGACAGGCAGUCUCCUACGCACUACACCCCUUUCACACAGCCUAUAUCGCAGCAGCAGCAGCAGCAGCAGCAGCAGCAGCAGCAUCUCUACAAGCAGCAAGAACACAACUCGCAAUAUUACAGCCAGAACCAGCAGCAGCAGCACGCCAUGCAGCCGCAGCAGCAGCUUCACCUGCAGCAGCUUCCUCAGCAGCAGCAGCAGCAGCAGCACGUUAUGCAGCCGCAGCAGCAGCUUCACCUGGAGCAGCUGCCUCAGCAGCAGCAGCAGCAGCAGCAGCAGCAACAUGCUGGAAUGUCUGAUGCUUCUCUAGAAGAUUUGUCUCCGCUGCAUUUGUCUUAUAUUAACCAGAGAGGAGCAGCAGCAGUCUUUCAGCGCAGGGAGCAGCAGCACCAUGCACAUAUAUGCGGCAGUGAGGCUCUUGCUGCUGCUGGCAGCACCGAUGUGGGGCCAGCUGCAGCAGAAGCAGAGGCAGCAGCAGCAGGAAGCAGCGGGCUUCAGGCUCCUUCUCCUAUCGGCACCCCCCGGGGUUCUGAGUGCAGCAGCAGCAGCAACAGCAGCAGCAGUAGCAGCAGCAGUUGCUACAGCAGCAGCAGCAGCGCCUACGGCAGCUGCUACAACCUGGCUCGAGGCAGCCGCAGCAGCAGCAGCAGCAGCAGCUGCUGCUCUUUUCAACCAAAAGAAGACCGCCGCAGCAGCCGCACGAAGCUACUGGACUCGCUGCGCAGCACAGGGGCUGUGCUGCCUCUUACAGACAGCAGCAGCAGCAGCAGCAGCAGCAAUGCAGCGCAGCAGCAGCAGGAGCCUGAAGCUCCCUUUCCCCUCAAUCUAAUGGGCAAGAAAACAGAACCCAGAAAACAUCACGUCGGGUUUGGGGCUACGAGCGUGGCUGAGCUGGCCCUGCAGCAGCAGCAUCAGCAACAGCAGCAGCAAUAA